AUGGCGGUGUGUGUGUGGGCCGCGGCCCCCCUGCUGUGUGUCUGGCUGUGCCUCUGUAGCCUUGGGGGAUCCAGAGGGGAGGUGCUAGAGUUUGGGGGGGUGUCGGGACAGUGGGGGCGGUUCCCGGUGUGGAACGCGUGCUGCGAGAGCAUCCUGUCGUUCAACGUUAGAACUCACAGUGAGGACGGACUGCUGCUUUACCUUGACGACGAAGGAUUCUGCGACUUCCUGGAACUAUUGUUGCUACGUGGGAAACUCCGCCUACGAUUCUCCAUCUUCUGCGCCGAGCCGGCUGAGGUGAGUUCCGGGGUCGCCGUGAGCGACGGAAACUGGCAUGUAGUUCGUGUGAAACGGGACUGGAGGAACACAAGUCUUGAGGUGGAUGGAAGGAUGGAGGGAUGGGCGGAGGUGAAGAGCAAACGGAGAGACAUGACAGUGUUUAGCCACACCUUUAUGGGCGGGGUUUCCCCAGAGCUCCACGCCUCCCCUCUCCGCCUCACUUCCCCUGGCGUCAGAGACCACGCCCCCUUUUCUGGCUGGCUCACUGCGGUGACCAUCAAUGGAUCGGCAGUUGUAAUGGAAGGAUCGGAUGGCGUUACCGUGGGGGGAGACGGGUGUGGGCCGGACCACGUGUGUCAGAAUGGAGGGGUGUGUUCUGUCGUCGAGCGGAAGAACGUUUGCGACUGUACCGACACCGGCUACAAAGGCAACGACUGCAGCGAAGGUCUGGCUCACCUGAUGAUCGGCGACCAAGCCCGUGAGGACUUCUUAGCAACAUUUAAGGGAUCAGAGUAUUUCUGCUAUGACCUGUCUCCCAGCCCCAUCCAGUCCUCCAGCGAUGAGAUCACCCUGAGCUUUAAGACCCUGCAGAGGAACGGCCUGAUGCUCCAUACAGGAAAGUCGGCUGACUACGUCAACCUGGCCUUAAAGAACGGAGCCGUGUCACUGGUCAUCAACCUGGGGUCCGGGGCUUUCGAGGCCCUGGUGGAGCCGGUUAACGGGAAGUUUAACGAUAACGCAUGGCACGAUGUCAAGGUCACGCGCAACCUGAGACAGCACUCAGGCAUUGGACACGCUAUGGUAAACAAACUCCAUUGUUCGGUGACCAUCUCUGUGGACGGCAUUCUGACCACUACGGGCUACACCCAGGAAGACUACACCAUGUUGGGCUCAGACGAUUUCUUCUAUGUGGGAGGAAGUCCCAGUACUGCCGACCUCCCUGGAUCUCCUGUUAGCAACAACUUCAUGGGCUGCCUCAAAGAGGUGGUGUAUAAGAACAAUGAUGUACGGUUGGAGCUGUCUCGGCUGGCUAAGCAGGGAGAUGCUAAGAUGAAGGUGAGCGGUAUGGUGGCGUUUAAGUGUGAGAGUGUGGCGACCCUCGAUCCUGUGACCUUUGACACCCCGGAGUCGUUUGUGGCAUUAAGCAAGUGGAGCGCCAAGAAGGCGGGGUCAAUCUCCUUUGACUUCAGAACGACAGAACCCAACGGACUGAUGCUCUUCAGCCACGGGAAACCACGGCAGCAGCAGCGCAAAGACCCCCGCACACCCCCCACCCUAAAGGUGGAUUUCUUUGCCAUCGAGAUGCUGGAUGGUCACCUGUACUUGCUGCUGGACAUGGGCUCAGGAACCACCAAGACCAAGGCCAUCGACAGGAAGGUCAAUGAUGGGGAGUGGUACCAUGUCGACUUCCAGAGGGACGGGCGCUCAGGUACUAUCUCUGUGAACUCACAGCGUACAGCGUACACGGCUCCAGGGGACAGUGAGAUUCUAGACCUGGAUGAUACUCUGUACCUAGGAGGAUUACCAGAGGAUCGCCAAGGACUCAUCUUCCCUACUGAGGUGUGGACAGCGUUAUUGAACUACGGCUAUGUCGGCUGCGUGAGAGACCUGUUUGUGGACGGUCAGAGUAAGGACAUCCGUCGUCUGGCUGAGGUUCAGAGGGCUGUAGGGGUUAAACCCUCUUGCUCCAGAGAGCCUCCUAAACAGUGUCUGUCCAACCCCUGCCAACACAGCGCCACCUGCAGGGAGGGCUGGAACAGAUACGUGUGUGACUGCUCUGGGACCGGAUACCUGGGACGGGCCUGUGAGAGAGAUGCGACCAUCCUGUCCUAUGAUGGUAGUAAGUUUAUGAAGGUCCAGUUGCCCGUAGCGAUGCACACCGAGGCGGAGGACGUGUCGCUACGGUUUCGCUCCCAGCGGGCCUACGGUGUUCUCAUGGCAACAACAUCCCGGAACUCAGCCGACACGCUCCGACUGGAGCUGGAUGGGGGCCGUGUCCGUCUCACUGUCAACCUAGCGUUAACCCUCUGCUCUGCUCUCCCUCCAGACUGUAUCAGGAUUAACUGUACCGCCAGUAAGGGUCCAGAGACCAUCUUUGCGGGGGUGGGGCUGAAUGAUAAUGAGUGGCACACGGUCAGAGUGGUGCGUCGUGGGAAAAGCCUCAAACUCACCGUCGACGACCUGCAACCUGUAGAAGGUCAGAUGGCAGGCGACCACACCCAGCUGGAGUUCCACAACGUGGAGACAGGCAUUGUGACGGAGAAGCGCUUCAUGCCCGCUGUGCCCUCCAACUUCAUAGGGCACCUGCAGGGCCUCACCCUCAACGGGAUGCCUUACAUAGACCUCUGUAAGAAUGGUGACAUCGACUAUUGCGAACUGAACGCUGUGAUUGGUUAUAAGAGCAUUGUGGCGGACCCGGUGACGUUCAGGUCGCGGUCGAGCUACGUGACCCUGCCCACGCUCCAGGCCUACUACUCCAUGCACCUGUUCCUCCAGUUCAAAACCACCUCACCUGACGGACUCGUACUCUACAACAGAGGAGACGGAAACGACUUUAUAGUGGUGGAGCUGGUCAAAGGCUACCUCCACUAUGUGUCUGACCUGGGGAACGGGGCACACCUGAUCAAAGGGAACUCCAACUCUCCUCUGAAUGACAACCACUGGCACAAUGUGCUCAUAUCCAGAGACACCAACAACCUGCACACUGUUAAGAUAGAUACCAAGGUCACUACACAGACCACUAUGGGGGCCAAGAACCUGGAUCUCAAAGGUGACCUGUACGUAGGGGGGGUGGCUAAGGAGAUGUAUAGGGACCUUCCCAAGCUCGUCCACUCCCGGGAAGGCUUCCAGGGUUGCUUAGCAACCGUUGACCUUAACGGCCGACUACCCGACCUGCUGGCUGAUGCUCUAGCUACCACCGGACAAGUGGAGAGGGGCUGUGAAGGUCCCAGUACUACCUGUCAGGAAGACUCUUGCGCCAAUCAGGGCGUGUGUUUGCAGCAGUGGGAGGGAUUUAGCUGUGAUUGCAGUAUGACAUCAUUCGGAGGACCGCUCUGCAAUGACGCGGGGACCACGUAUAUCUUUGGUCGUGAUGGGGGUGUGAUUGUGUACACCUGGCCUCCUAACGAGCGCCCCAGUACACGGGCUGACCGGCUCGCGCUGGGCUUCAGCACACAGCAGAAACACGCUACCCUGCUACGGGUCGACAGCGCCUCGGGACUUGGGGACUACCUACAGCUACAGAUAGAUAAAGGAAAUAUUAGGGUAGUGUUUAACGUGGGAACAGAUGACAUCAACAUUGAAGAGACUGCUAAAUCCGUUAAUGAUGGGAAAUACCACAUAGUUCGGUUUACCCGCAGCGGAGGCAACGCAACCCUGCAGCUGGACGACCUGCCAAUCAUAGAGCGUUACCCCUCAGGCAACAUUGAUAACGAGCGCCUGGCCAUCGCUAGACAGAGAAUCCCCUAUCGACUCGGUCGAGUAGUUGAUGAUUGGCUAUUCGACAAAGGCCGCCAGCUGACCAUCUUCAACAGCCAGACGACGGUGAUGGUGGGAAGAGGAAAGGAAGCAGGUCAGUUCCAGGGUCAGAUGGCCGGUCUCUACUACAACGGACUGAAGAUACUCAACAUGGCCGCCGAAGGACACGCCCACAUCCGCCUGGAGGGCAGCACGCGAUUGGUUGGGGACAUGCCCUCCUCCAUCACGCCCCAAUCCAGCGCUGCCGCCGGGGCAAACCGAUCAGACCCCGCCGCCAAUGCCGGCGACAUCACCACGACAACUGCCACAAACAGGAAGCAAGGAGGAGGAACUACGCAGCAGUCGACAGACGACCUGCUGGUGGCAUCAGCUGAGUGUCCCAGUGAUGACGAAGACAUUGACCCAUGUGACCCCAGCUCUGCACACCCCCCUCUCCCGGAGGUCAAGCCGUUCCCGGGGACAUCAGAGGUAGUGAGGGAGUCCAGCAGCACCACGGGCAUGGUGGUGGGCAUCGUGGCGGCCGCCGCCCUCUGCAUCCUCAUCCUGCUCUACGCCAUGUACAAGUACCGCAACCGCGACGAGGGCUCGUACCACGUGGACGAGAGCCGCAACUACAUCAGUAACUCUGCCACACAGCCUAACGGCAGCACCAAGGACAAGCCGCUGGGCAUCGCCAAGAUCUCCAAGAACAAGAAGAACAAAGACAAGGAGUACUACGUGUGAGGAGGGGAGGGACACCCUUAUGACAUUUACAUAUACACAUCUACUCUUAUACAGACAUAUGCACACAUACAGGAGGACAUGCCCUGAGACGCACACAUACACACACACACACACACACACACACACACACACACACACACACACACACACACACACACACACACACACAGAAAAGAAACACACAGAGACAAAGAGACUGCCAUGAGGGCAGAGACCCAUACUGUACAGUAAUAGUAACCACUAACCACAGCCUCUCUGUGUGAGGCCUGUGUUCGACCAGAAUAACCGUAAUGACAAGCAGAGUAAUCGCCAGGUAGACUCCUAGUACAGGACCAGUAAAGAGAAGUUAUUUUCAAGGACCAACCCCCUGUCUCUCCCUGCUAUAAACUGUCCUGUAGACUCAGAGAGAGAGGGGGGGGGGGCAGACUGGGAAAGAACACCAAAAAACAAACGCUAGUGUUCUGUCGUACGGAGUCAAAAUCAGUAUAUCCAGAUUAACACCCUGAUAAACUCCCAGUUUCAGUUUUGUGUAAGGCUGGUGUUGUCCAAUGGGGGGGGGACCAGAUUACCUGAACCCUGCCCCUAACCCUAGCCCACCAGUCAGCAGAAUGGACGUUACCACGCCAAUAAGCCCGGAAGAGUCACACCCACCAGGGUUGCCAUGGUUGCUCUGUUUGCCCGACUCGCUGGGGAGGGACGGAGUAGGGCGUGUACGUGGACUAAGGAGCUGUGUGUUUGAAAUGUUGCUGGGACAUUUAUUUUCCAACGUUAUACAACGUACGUCACAACGUUGUAUCAACCCAUCCAGACUAUGAAAACGAGAGACUUUGACUCUGGAGAGGAGACCAGAGACACCAGAACUACCUACCUACCUACACAAAACACACAACACACACACACUCACACACACCUCCUACAACACCACAAGAGCUUCAUUACCAGAGCUUCAUCCCUGACCGGUGGCAACGAUAUCUGCGAUAAUGAUGAUAUUAUUAUGACAAUGCUGAAGUCGACGAUGAAGAAAAAGAAGAAUGAUGAUGAACAUGUGGGCAGUUUAGACUCUUUGGGGAAAUUGUUGCACGUUGAAUUAUCUUACUCCAUGUGUUUCUAACAGAGCAGAGACGACAGGGGUUACUCCUAAACCCAGCACAGCCAUAACCUACCACCUGGCUCACCGAAGCCUACCACAUGAUCCACCACCUGGGCUUAUAAUAACCUACCACCUGGCUCACCGAAGCCUACCACAUGAUCCACCACCCGGGGGCCAAUUAUUACAGGGCUUAAUAGUGACAGACAGACAACACAUAACAGGAUAAGCUAACUUCAGAACUAACAUCAUAUAGCAAUCAUCAAUAAGAAGACAGGACAAAUGCUGUACACACAACAACGUUCCAUCGUCUCCAACACACAGCAGAUACAACUGACUAAAAGAGUGUGACCAGGCUCCAGGGUCUCUGAGAGCCAGGGUGGUGUGUUUGUUUUGGGUUGUGGUUUAGUGAGUAACCCUGGUGUAAAGGCUGGGUAUGUCCUCCUGCCACAGGCCCAGCCCUGUUUUAAAGCCUGUCCUAUAGACAACUAUACGUGCUCUGAUGAUCGUUUUAUAUUACAAAAAAAAAUGUCUGUAAAAUAAUCAAAAACAGAAUACUAAGUGUUAUCAUGUGUUUCUAUAAUGAUAGAGCUGUUCAUGAUGCCAUUGGCUAAUAGAAUUUCAGUUGCUUUACUUUCAUUGGCCCUCCCUCUCCGAGCAUCCUGUGUGUUCACAUUGGUUGAUUGUCCCUCUCGUUGUCCAUGUGAUCAAUUCCAGCCAGGCAGGAGUGGGGGGGGUGGGGGCGGGCUCUGUGGAGAAGGUUAAAGGUGUGACUAUGAUGUCAUUCAGUGCAUGUAAGACUGUGUAUGUCUCAAAUGGCAGAUGUUUAAAGUAGUGCCCUAUUAGUGCUAACCCUAAACCUACAUGGCUCUGAUCAAAAGUAGUGCACAGGAAAUAGGGUGCCAUUUGAGACACAUAGCCACUGCAAGAACAGAGUAGAUAGAAAUUCACUGUCCAGAACAGCCAGUAGUCUCCAUUGUGACUAAUCUGGACAUUGUAUUUCUAGCUUUUGUCGGCAAGCACGCUCCCCAGGUCAUCCAAGCAAUAUUGCCAACCAAUCACAUGCAUGGGAAUCAGACUGGGGGCGGGACAUAAAGCAUUAAAGACAUAGUAGUAAUAAAACCUAAAAAUUAGACAGAAAAAUGUAACUAAUUGAUUCCUUCUCUUUAUCUAUCCCUUUAUCCCUAUUUCUCUCUGUUCCUCUCUCCCUCUAGUCGACGCCUCUCUCCCUCGCUCUCUCUUUCUCCCUUUCUCCUCUCUCUGUUUCUAUCUGAAGUGAAGGAGGAGCAUUGAACUGUGGUAUUCUUCAUCUAAGUGUUCAUUUAGCCUUUUGAUUUUAUAUAUAUACAAUUUUUCUACAGUAUUUUACUUUUAUUUUUAUUGUUACAGUUCUUUGAAGAACAUAAAGUGGAACUUUAUUAUGAAAAAUAGUUUUGAAGAUCAAACGAGUCAAUAAAAUAUUACCCAAGUGAAGUUA